UCUGAGUCACACCCAGUUCCAGUUUUAUAUCAGUGACGCAGACUCACACAGCCGGAGCAGCAGCACACAGGUUCAGCUCUACAGCCAGAGCAGAGGAGAAGAACUAAAGCAACAACACAUCUGAGGUGCAGUUCAGAGGCCAGUGUCAUGGAUCAGCUUGAUCAGUUGUUCCGUCCUUUCUUCAAUUUGAAUCAAUAUGAACAACCAACCCCAAAACCAGAUCCUGAAUUCGAUCGUCAAUGGCGGCCAGUGGCGUGGAGUGAAGGUAACAAACAUCUGAUGUUGAGGAAACUGAAGGAUUUCCAGCCAGGCACUGCAGAAGUCCAUGAGCUGAAGAUUCUGCUUCACGGCCCAAUCGGAGCAGGAAAGUCGAGUUUAAUCAACUCCAUCAACACCGUCCUCCAAGGAUACAACGCCGCCGGUGCACUGGCAGAUUCAUCAGCUGGUCAAAGUCAGAGCUUCACUUUAAAGUUUAAAAUUCACAGGCUGAAGAAAGGUGGGCCUGGAUCUUUCUAUCCAUUUGUCUUUACUGACAUCAUGGGUCUGGAAGAAGAUAAGUCAAAGGGAGUGCAAACAAAAGACAUAAACAAAAUAUUAAAAGGUCAUGUGAAAGAUGGCUAUACUUUCAAUCCUGUAAAACCCAUUGAUAAAGGCGACCCGAAGUACAUCAGCAACCCCAGCCUGAAAGACAAAGUGCACUGUCUGGUGAGUGUUCUACCAGCUGACAGAAUCUCCCUCAUCAGUGACGACGUUAUCCAGAAAAUGAGAGCUGUUCGGGAAAAAGCUCGUGACUUGGAGAUUCCUCAAGUGGUCGUCAUGUCCAUGGUGGAUAAAGCAUGCCCUCUAGUUAACGAGAACCUGCGUAAGAUCUACACCAGCAAAAAAAUUAAAGAGAAGAUGGAGGAGUGCAGUCAUAAACUGGGAGUCCCGAUGAACUGCAUCUUUCCUGUGCUGAACUACCAUGAGCAGGUUACCAACGACACGGCCAUGGAUAUUCUGAUUCUCAUGGCGAUGACUGACAUCAUUAGAUUCGCCAAUCACUAUGUUGAAGACCAGGUUUACAGAGAAUAAGUUCCUCAUGUGUCCUGUUCAGAGAAGCAACGUAGAAAUGGCUAGUUUCAAGAAUUCAGAGUGUGACCAGAGAUUUACUUAGAAAUUAAUAAAACAUAAUUAACCUUUUCACUUCAUUAUGAAUAUUUAUCUGUCCAUGUGAUAGAUGUUGUAAAAUUUCCAUUCUUCAUCUUUUUUUGUUAUUCUUUACCACUCACUGGUUUAAUGAUCAUUUUUCCUUUCUGGUUUUAAUACCUACAAUAAAAGUAUUAAUAAAAGACAGAUGUAAUUGAUAAGAGAGACAGUAAUCUGGAGUAAUAUGUACUAUUGUCAUUAUGGGCUUUAUAGACUGUAUAAUGUUUUUAUUGGGGUUUUUUUAUAUCAGUGUAAUCUGCAUGUUUACUGCAUUGGUUUUCAUGAAUACAGUAAGAUAAAUUGACACAAUAACAACAAAUACAGAACGGA